CUGUCACUGCGCGCGGCAGCAUCGAUAUUUUCUUCGGAGCUAACAACUUUCAUUUUUAUACUUAACACAAUUUAGUAACUUUCUUUCUGGAGGUCAUUUUACAAAAUUUUAUACUUGAAAAUUGAUCCUUCUUUGUAAAUUCCAUCAUCGACGGUUCCAAGAGGUAGCAAGUUAAAUCAGCCGACUUCUAUUGGGAAAGUGAGAAAUGAUGGACUCGGUAUUUCGUACCCGAUCACUUGGUACCGCAGCUGAGGGUGUCCGCGAUCAGUAUGCGGAUGGAAGAGCUGCUAAAGUAUGGGAAGUGUUCAUAGGCGACACGAAACAGAGGACCCAAAAUUAUCGAGAUUUCUUGGUGGGCUUGUUACGAGAGAAAGGUUGUCACAGAAUUCUAGACGUCGCAUGCGGUACAGGCGUGGACUCUGUGAUGCUUCUCGAAGAAGGUUUCGAGGUGGUCAGCGUCGACGCCUCGGACAAGAUGCUCAAAUAUGCACUGAAGUCUAGAUGGGAACGUCGCAAGGAACCGGCCUUUGAUAACUGGGUAAUUGAAGAGGCAAAUUGGUUGACUCUACCAAAGGACAUUCAUCAUUUGACAGGAGAUGGUUUCGACGCCGUGAUCUGCUUGGGAAAUAGUUUUGCUCAUAUGCCGGAUAGUUUUGGCGAUCAAAGGGAACAGAGGCAAGCGCUGCUGAAUUUUGAGCGUUGCGUGAAACCAGGUGGUUUAUUGUUAAUUGAUCACAGAAAUUAUGAUUAUAUCAUUGAAACUGGCAACAUACCUCCAAAAUGCAUAUAUUACAAUAGCCAACACAUGACAAAUAUUAAAGCAUCGGUGCUGUUCGUCUCAGGGAAGCCAGCGAUCGUCACCCUGGACUACAUGAUUACAUUGGACGAUAACGAGGAAGAACAAAAUGAAGGGAACGUAAGCGAGUUUAGACUCUCUUAUUAUCCACAUCGAUUAAACGUCUUCAGAGACAUGCUGGACGAGGCGUUCCACUAUAGGGCCAAGCAUACCAUUUACGCUGACUUCAAGGCUCUCGAAGAGACGAAGAAUCCUGGUUUCUAUAUUCACGUGAUGGAAAAGCCAGUUUAAAAACGUUUUCUGCAAAAUUCUGAUCGUUUCCGGCGUCAAGAGCGGUUCAUAAUCGGAAUCACUAUUCAAACUUGCAUCUGACGCUUCAUGGGAAAACAAAAUACCACCGCGCAAUCCUUACUUAGUCCACGAUUUACAUUAUAAGUUUCUUCAUUCAUUUGUGCAUUUAUUCAAAAGUUCGUGGAUCAAAGGUCAAGGAUUAAUCUUGGAAUCUAUUGUAGCUUCUUGGGCUUACAUUUUGCAACAUGACUUUAUUUUUAUUGUACUUUUUUAUACCAAUAAAAAA